AUGCAUGCGGCUCCCAAGACAGAUCAGAGGGACGUGACAAGCGACGAAGGUGUCACGCCAGCAAAAAAGUCACGCCCAUCGACUGCAGACGGACCCGAAUUUGUCGACCAUCCAGAUGGUACUAGCAGACCCCCUGUGGUCACACCUCUCGCCACGUUGAAGGGAAUCAUACCGCCGAACAGGCACUGGGUUCUUCACCAGCUUGACGACACCGAGGGAGUGUGUUUCACAUCGUGCUCUCUCAACUCGCUCACCGGUGAAGUGAAGGUAGAAAAGGCAGUGUUCUUCACCGUAGACAGUGCCGGUGUUUUCUAUUCAAAGGCGUUUGUGCUUGGUAAGCUGGUGGCCGGCUCGGCAAUGUCAAACAUGCAGGACGCAGCAAACGUAUUGCAGCGCGUGUGUGAAAUGCAUCCCUGCAACGGCGCCGCAGCACUGAACGAAGCUUUCCUGGUGAGCAACCUCACAACGAGCUUGCGAGACCAAACAGAACAAAAAUUCAACUACUUGAGGUCAGCCCUGACUGGUGAUGGAGCAGCCGCCAUCGCAGGACUGCACCCAACCGCUGAAUGCUACGCCCACGCCAUCGAGCUCCUGCAGCAGCGGUUCGGGAACCAGGCGGAGCUGAUACAGGACCACAUGACAGGGCUCAUGGACAUCAUUCAGGUGCCGUCAUCGCGCAGCGUCAGAGCCCUGCGGCGGGUCUACGACAGCGUCCAGGCUCACAUCCGGGGCCUUCGGGCGUUGGGUGUGACGGAUCAGUCAUACUGUGCCAUGCUUUACCCGGUUCUGCUUCGUGCGCUUCCGGACGACAUGAGGCUUGAGUUCAACCGCAAGAUGUCUUCGGGGAACGCCAAAAACACCACCGCCGGGGGAACAUCAGCAACCGACAUCGGCUCCGACUCAGCAACGGAACAAGGACCCGUUAAGGAGGUGCGCGUGCUGCUGAACUUUCUCAAGAUCGAGGUGGAGAGCCGGGAGAAAACAUCCAAGGAACAACCCGAAGACGCCGGCGGUAAGCCUGCACAUUGUUUCCCCAUGCAUGAACAUCCGAAGAGGCGCCUAAACAACGCCAAGACUCGGAACGCUACCGCUACGGCCUUGCAUGGCAGGAUGGACAGCAUGGAAUGCUUUCUUUGCAAAUCAAAGGCGCACAGCACACCAGACUGUAACGCGAAGAUCGAACUCAAGGAAAAGAAGCGCAGGCUGCAAGCCGAUCGCAGGUGCUUCCGGUACACAAAGCCGAACCACACGGCAAGAAUGUGUCGCGGCACGCUCCGUUGUGACAGGUGUGGAGGAGGGCAUGUAUCCACUAUGUGUGAUCCAGAUUACUUGCCGGGACGAGCCGCCAGCGGAUCGGAUGAAACGCGGAAGAAAAACAAGACGCCUCUCAACCUGCAUGUGAGCGAGAAGGGCAACAAACCUGCUGUCCUUCUGCAAACCGUUACCGCGUGGGUGGAAAGCAAGAACAGAAGAAAGUUGGCCCGCAUUCUCUUCGACAGCGGUAGUCAGCGCUCCUUCAUUACAGAGGAGCUGUCGAGGGGUCUUGGUUGCAAGCUUCUCGGAACGGAGGUUCUUACCGUCGGAGUGUUCGGUGGCAAGACUAGCGAACAAACGUACCGUAGAGUUCAAGUAGUUUUGAGUAAUCGUCUAACCGGCCAGACAUACGAGAUAGACGCCCUCGAGACGCGUUCUAUCUGCGAACAAGAACUUCCAGGCCCGGAUGAAGACAUCCUGGUGAAUAUGGAGGAGCUCGGACUAACGGUUGGUGACGACCUGAACGGACUCGAGUGCAACGGAGUAGGAAUCCUCUUAGGAUCGGAGCACUACUGGGGAUGCGUUACGGGAAGAGUCCGUCGACUGAGCGAGAACCUGACGGCAGUGGAGACCGCCUUUGGUUGGGCAGUACAUGGACGUUCCCAGGCGACUGCAGCUGUUGUCAACUGUUCCCAAGUGAUCGUCCUCAGAGCUGCCGUGAGCGACCAGGAGAACACGGCUGUCCUGAGAGGAUUUUGGGAGCUUGAGAGUAUGGGAGUUGUGGACGCAGAGGUCCAGGAUCACUCCGAUAGCGACAUCAUGCAGCGCUUUGAGAGAAGCAUCACCAAAUCUGAUCGAAGAUACGAAAACACGUGA